AUGAUCUCUUUUCGUUCACAAGCAUAUCUAUCUAUCUAUCUAUCUAUCUGUCUAGAAAGGAUCACUUUUCUUUCUCAAACACAUCUAUCUAUCUAUCUAUCUAUCUAUCUAUUCAUUAUCUAUCUAUCUAUUAAGCUAGAAAAGGAUCUCUUUUCUUUCUCAAACACAUCUAUCUAUCUAUCUAUCUAUCUAUCUAUCUAUCUUCUGUUCCUUGUCUAUCUAUCUAUUAGGCUACAAAAAGGAUCUCUUUUCUUUCUCAAACACAUCUAUCUAUCUAUCUAUCUAUCUUCUGUUCCUUGUCUAUCUAUCUAUAUUACAAAAAGGAUCUACAAACACAUCUAUCUAUCUAUCUAUCUCUUUUCUUCUAUCUAUCUAUCUAUCUAUAUAUUAAGAUUCUGUUUUAGUCCUUGUCUAUCUAUCUAUCUAUAUAUUAAGAUGCUAAAAGGAUGCUACCAAAAGGAUAGGUAUUUUCUUUCUCAAACACAUCUAUCCUUUUAUCUAUCUAUCUAUCUUCUUCCACAAGGAAAGGUAUCUAUCUAUCUCUAUCUAUCUAUCUAUCUUCUGUUCAUUAUCUAUCUAUCUAUUAGGCUACAAAAAGGAUCUCUUUUCUUUCUCAAACAUAUCUAUCUAUCUAUCUAUCUAUCUAUCUAUUAUAAUGCUGAAAAGAUCUCUUUUCGAUCUACUUCCCAGUGGAAAAUGGAGGUUAAAAUUAAGGUGGAGGAAUAA